UACCACAAUCCUAAAAUGUUCGAAGCUCAAUCCGGACACAGAAAUAUCAAGCCCAGAAAGAGAGAUCAAUUGCCAGGUUUCUUUUAGGCCACAAGUUGAUUAAGGUGGUUCAGGUAUGUUAGAGGCCAAGGAAGUGUAUUCGUUCUUGCUCUUUGUGAAUGGGUGGUUGUGUCAGCUCUUCUCCCCUUGCUCCCAACCAGUCCUCCUAUCUACAAGCAGUCUCAAUACCCAACAGUAUCUUGGCAAAUGGUACUUCAUUGCAGCGGCUGGUGUGAAGGAGUCGGAUGUGCAGAUGUUCAGACAGAUGGACAGCACUGUGUUUUACCUGAAUGAGACCUCUAAAAAUGCACUACUGUUGACCGGAGCCAUGCGCGUGGGUGUUCAUUGCAUUAUGAAAAACUGGACCUACACUAUUCAGUCUGGCAAAGAUGAUUUGACAUCAGAAGGCAGGCCUGAGCUGCAAACUCUAGUGUGGAGUGGAGAGUGGUUGAACUGCACCCAGUGUAUCCUGCUGCAGGAGAUAGAGCGUCACUUGGACCCACUAGAGACACACGACACCCUCAACAGAUUCAUGCUUUACGCUCGUGACAGUGCCUUAUUGGAUAAUAAAGUGGUGAUGGCGUUUCAGACCCAAACAGCUUGUAAAAACAUGGACAGAUUUGUUCAUCUCCCUCAAGAGAAAGAGCUUUGUAAAUUGGAGAAUAAGGCGUAGCACUGAGGCUACCUGAUAUUUGUUGGAAUCUUCAAUCAAGAUCAUGCUAUGCAUCAAAAUAGGUUUCCUUUUGAUAGUUUAAUAUUAGCGUAUUGCCCACUCUAACUUUGAUCUAACUCAGAAACGUGGAACUAAUUCAAAUGAAGAACCCUCCUCUCAUUUCCCAUGUGUAAUAGCAAAACAAAUAAACAGAAAAAAGAACAGCUAUACAAAGUAUGUUCCAAAGUCUCAGAAUGGUUAGAAUAGCACUAGUGACCCAUGCUUAGACUUCUUAUCAAGUUGUCAAGCUUUCUAAAAGGCACAUUUUUCACUUUCACUCAUUUCUCUUUUUGUGAGGGAUGAUGUAACUGUCAUGGUUCAGUCAUGGUUCACUGAACUGCAUUGUCCCCCUCUUUGCCUACCUCCAUCAAUGGAGGCUGCUGAGUGGAGGUUGGCUCAUAAUAAUGUCUGGAAUGGAGUCAAUGGAAUGGUAUCAAACACUUCGUUUCCAUGUGGUUGAUACCAUUCCAUUGACUCCAUUCCAGCCAUUAUUAUGAGCAGUCCUCCCCUCAGCAGCCUCCACUGACCUCCAUCUAAAUACCAUUGAUAUACUAAGAUAAUAAUCCAGGGGUACUUUAUGGGGGAGGAGCCACCCAUGUAGUCACACUGACAGUGCAGGGGAAAUUCCCAUGAUGCUGCUGACAGAGCAGAAGCUCAGAGCACACAGUUGUUCACAACUAGAGUGGUCAUCAACAGUUCUCUUCUUCAUUUGCUUCAUUAACCCACUGUUCCUAGGCUGUCAUUGUAAAUAAGAAUUUGUUCUUAACUGACUUGCCUAGUAAAAUUAAAAUACAAAAUAAAAUAAAAAUACAAGAGAAAAUUGAGAAUUCUUUGAGUUAAUAGUUUCUAAAAGAAAAUGAUGUCAAAGCCAUUGAUUGAUGUAAAAUAGCCCGACUUUCAUCUGCACUGGCAUCAGUGACAAAGCACAAUGUCCAGUACUUGACAUUAUCAGGUUAUGUGGGUUUUUACCUGUAGCCUCAAGGAAAGGCCAAACAACAGUGUCCUUAUGCUUAUGUAACAUUUUGAAUCCUAUACUGUAGUUCUGGACCCGUAUUAAUAAAGCAGAGCAGGAGGCCUUUCAGAUAAUGAAUAAGGUUACAUAGAGAGGGAACCUGAUCCUAUCAGCACUUCUACUCUGAGAAGCUUUAUGAGUACGGGCCCUGGUUAGAAAUGAUUGACAUACCAGGGGUUGCGACCAGUGACAGGAGACACUCAAUGGCUGAGUGAGACAAAGUCAACAUGUAGCUAACAACGUCACCAUUCAAGUACCUCUGUGUUUCAACUAUGCCCGGGGCUAAUAUGAAUGUCAGAAAAUAUCCCGAAACCAUGAUGAAAUCCUUGUCUCUCUCCCUCCCCCUCUCCAUUUAUCUCUCUGAUUUACGUACUUUCAAAGACUUGUGACGCACCAACAUGAAGUCACUUGACUUCCCAGAUACACUUCGGCAUGAAACAACUUGCUGACCGGCAGAAAGUACAGAGGUCAGGGUGAGAAUUUACCUCCCAUCUCCGUCAGAAUGACUUUAGAUUCUUACCUUUCUCUCACCUGUACGAUGUCCAUAAUAGGACAGCCUCAAUCUCAGCAGGACUUGUUUCAAUAAGUUAAUAUAGUCACCGUACAGCUGAGGUUCUAUUCCCAGUGUGUUCCUCUUUUCACUUCUGGAUCGUUUCUCAAAUAUCAAUGCUAUUUACAGUAUAUGAAAGAAUAUCUUGUUAAGCCCAAAAAUAGGCAGUCAAACUCUUCCCUGCAAAAUAAUUCAUUACUGUCAAACGAUCGUUCUUCCAGCCCACCUCUAACAUACCUGAUUGUUGAUGAGCAGUUUACUAGUAAAACACUAAUCAGGCGUGUUAGUGCUGGGCAGAAACAAAAACAUGCACACCCUUUAGCUCUCCCUGACCAGGAAUGGUGACCGCUGGUAUAUAGCAAUAUUGAGCCAAACACAUCUUUGAUGCUGCACAGAUUGAAAUCAUUUAUCUAAAACUGAACAGAAACUGAACAAUUAUCUAAAACUGAACAGAAACUGAACAAUUAUCUAAAACUGAACAGAAACUGAUCAAUCAUCUAAAACUGAACAGAAACUGAUCAAUUUUCUAAAACUGAACAGAAACUGAUCAAUCAUCUAAAACUGAACAGAAACUGAACAGAACAUAAUUAGAUGGAUUCCAAAAGGUUUCUGCUUUCAACAAUUUCAGGAAGAUGGGGAAAAGACUAAGAGGCAAACAUGAUUGAAGGCCUUGUCUGAGAAUUGUGCCUGCGUUGGGUAAGCACCUAAACCAUCUGUGUUUGUGUCAAGGAAAGCACAGGCAGGUUGAUUGAGGAUGUGCCAUGGAGCUUGAAACCAAGAACAGGAAAGUUACAUAGAAAUCUACCAGCAAACACUCUCUCUUUCUCUCUUUCACUCUCUCUCUUUCUCUCUUUCACUCUCUCUCUCUCUCUCUCUCUCUUUCGCUCUCUCUCCACUUUCUAAAAGUUACUUUCAGUCCUGUUUAUGAAAUCAACAGUGUUCAACUUCACGCAUCUGCAUUCCCAUACCCUAUGGCUAUUCCCAUACCCUAUGGCUAUUCCCAUACCCUAUGCAUGUAAAGUCAGAUAGAGUCACAGUGGCUGCCAGCUGGUGUAUGAAACCAUGAAGAGAACUCCCUGUCAUGUUUUUGUGCCCUUCGAACCCGCUGACACUGACCUAUAAAUAUGUAAGGGAAAACACAUGCCGCCCACAUCUGUCAAUGUUGUGCCGUACUCAUCUUUAGCCUUACUAGCCUAUAGUUCCUUGCUACAGGGAUGAUAGUGGUUCUGUCACCUUCUCUUUGCCCGUACUGUCAUACUUGAGUAAAAGUAAAGAUACCUUAAUAGAAAAUGCCUCAAGCAAAUGUGAAAGUGAACUGAAUUUGAAAACUGAAUCUAAAUGUAUCUGAGAUGUUGAAUAUGUGAAACUAUGGUAAAUUUGAAAUUAUAGUUUGUAAACUUGAUACACAGACAAUGAAUGCAAUAUCCACCACAUUGAAACAGAACAUAAAUAUUGAAUUAGAAUUCAAUUGUAAUAGAAUUUUAAAACUGAAUGCAAUAUUCAUUAAAAUAAUUUUAAAAUCAUGAAAUACAAGUUCAAGUUAUUAGUUCAAUGAUUACAUUUGUGCAUUACAAAUGUAAAAAUAUUGCAUUUAAAUUCAAUAUCUUAAUGCAAAUAAAAAAGUAUUGAAUUCAAAUACAGUUUCUGUUGUCACUGAUAUCACUCUGUAAUCGCUCUGUAAUCGCUCUGUAAUCGCUUUCUACUCCCAUAUAUUUUCCCUGACACCCAAAAGUACUUGUUACAUUUUGGAUGCGGAGCAGGAAAGCGAUGGAGCGAUUACAGCGCGAUAUCAGAGCGAUAUCAGAGCGAUUACAGAGCGAUAUCAGAGCGAUUACAGAGCAAUAUCAGAGCGAUUACAGAGCGAUAUCAGAGCGAUAUCAGAGCGAUUACAGAGCAUUACAGAGCGAUUAUAGAGCGAAUACAGAGUACAUAUUUUCUUUAGGAAUGUUAGUGGAGUAAAAGUAAAAGUUUAAAAAAUAUUUUGAAAUAGUAAAGUAAUCAACAUUUUUUUUUAAAACGCUGAAAAUCCAAUGUUUCUAUGUCAAGCGGUUUUGUUAUUUUUCAGUCUACUGUGAUGAAUAUAAAGUGUAAUAUUGGGAUGCAAACUCAAAAUUGAAUACAUUUAAACUAUAUCAGA